AUGGCGCUUGAAGACUAUUUCGAACCUCCGUGGCAGCUAGGCGCCAGGACCUUCGUGCUACGCACUCUGGCCAUAGCCACUGCUUUUUUGCUUGCCCUACAAAUCCGAAAGGCGCUGUUAACCAGAGCAAAACUGAAGCACAUUCCAACGGUGGGGUCGUCGGGUCUCAUAACGUCUUGGAUAGACGCCUUCAAGUACAUAUUUCAUGGGAAGGAAAUUAUUCAAGAGGGUUAUGCAAAGUAUUAUGGGUCAACGUUUAAAGUGCCAUUGAUUGAUAAAUGGAUGGUCGUCGUGAGUGGCGCCGAGAAGAUUGAUGACAUUCGGAAGUCCACGCUCGAGCAGCUGUCUUCUCUGGAUGCGACCAUAGAUCUUUUGCAAAUGAAUCAUACCAUGGGUCGCAACCUAUGUGUUGACCCGUACCAGACAGAAGUUGUACGAGGCGCUCUGACUCGGAACAUUGUUACCUGUUUUUCGGACGUUCAAGACGAGAUAAAAGUAGCUUUUGAAGACUAUAUACCCAUGACUGACGACUGGAUUGAAGUUUCCGCAUACGAGACGAUUUUGCAAAUCGUAUGCAGAGCGAGCAAUCGGAUGUUCAUAGGACUUCCCAUCUGCCGUGAUCCUGAUUACAUUAAACUCAACAUUGAUUUCACUAUUGACGUUUUUGUCUACGCUCGUAUCAUCAAUCUCUUCCCCAGGAUCCUCAAACCACUUCUGGGAACCCUCUUCACGCCUCGCAGGCGUGCCUUAGCCAAGAUGAUGAAAUUCCUGAAUGAAACUAUACGAGAACGCCUACAUCAGGAAAACGUUCACGGCAAAGACUGGCCGGGGAAGCCGAAUGACCUCCUUUCGUGGCUAAUCGACGCAACUCAUGGCGACAAAGAACGACGUACAAUACAGGACUUAAGCUCUCGAAUGCUCAGCCUGAAUCUGGGAGCGAUCCAUACGACCUCUAUGACAUUUACGACUGCUCUCUAUACCUUAGCCAUACAUCCAGAGUACGCUGAAACUCUCAGAACCGAGGUGGAAUCUGUCAUCAAUGCAGAAGGAUGUACGAAGGUUGCGAUGGGAAAGAUGAAUCAGCUUGAUAGCUUCUUGAAGGAAGCGCAGAGAGUGUAUGGCAGUGUUGGCACUUUCGGGAUACGUCGCGUCGCUCGAGGUGACUUCGCGUUUUCAGAUGGGACGGUCAUUCCGGCGGGCACUGAAAUCGCGGUGGCUGCUUUGGCUACGAAUACGGACGAGAGGAACUACGAAAACCCAUUAGAAUUCAGACCGUGGAGGUUUUUCGACAAGAGAAAACAAGAGGGCGAGAGUAUUCGUCACAGGAUGAUCACUCCUAGCUUGGAUUUCAUUUUCUUUGGCCUUGGGCGAACGGCAUGUCCUGGCCGUUUCUUCGCCGUCAAUGAGUUGAAGGCUCUCAUGUCGUAUGUUCUUCUGAACUUUGACGUGAAGAUGGAUAGGCCGCCCUCCUCCAUGUGGUUAGCCGGUGAUCAGCUACCUGAUCAGAGCAGUAAGGUGUUGUUCAGGAAGCGUGUGCGUACGUCAUAA